AUGCACUUGCUUCCUGAGUGCGUUGUUGCUUUGAAGUAUCCUGCCUUUUGGGAGAGCACGGAUGCGCCUUCGCUCAAGAAAUUUUUAGAUUUUCGACUUUCGGCUGGCGACUUAGAAGAAUCAAAAGUUGAAUACACUCGGUAUAAUAAUGAACUAGCUACCAUCAGCAGAUUUUACGCCGAAGCAUCAGCAUUUGGCCAACAAGUAUCAAAAUGGAAAAAUGAUUUCAAGGAAAUGGGAACGACUGUCAUGUCUGUUGUGGGAACGACUGUCAUGUCUGAAAGUAAACGGUCAUCAAUAAUAAAGAGAUUUUGGAAGAUUCAGAAUGAAAACCAAAAUAUUAUGAUGAAGAACAAGUUGAUUGAGGAAAAGGCAAAGGCGAAGGUUCAGAAGUUGCAGACAGCCCAGUACAUAGCCAUUUCCACAGUAGCGACAGAACAAAUUCAACAAUACUCCAAGUCAACCACCGCCAGCAUCGCGAAGAGGUUCCUCGAUAAUGAUAACGACAAAACAGCAAAACGUACUAGAACUCAUAAGGACCAGCCAGAUGAGGACGACUCUGAAAGUGACGAAGACCGUGACUACCUCGAUGAUAGUGCAAAAUCCCCCAUGACGACCCAUGAAGAAACUGAUGAUGGGAUCGAGAAUCAGAAUCAUACAAGAUCCCAAAGCGACCUAUUAGGUAGAAAUGACGUGAAAGAUGGAACUCGAACUCCACCCCACCAAAUCAUUGGAAACCUUUUCGAAUCAGCUAUCUCGCAAUCCUCAAAAAUCCCAGACAGGGAAAGCAUCUGUAGAGCUUCUGCUGAGAGUCUAGCAAGUCUGGAUGGGGUUAAGUAUUUCGGAGAAUUUAUUCCGCUUUUCGAAAAAUACAAAGAACAGGAAAAACAUAAUGUGUACUCUUGCACCAACGACGAUGUUAUGGACAUCCGAGGUGACAGUGGUUUCGCGAAAUUUUUGACAGUCGAUCAAUAUACGAAACUGCUUUCAGUUCGACCAAAAAGAAAUGCCGUGCUACCGGAAUCUUGGUGUAGAAUUAUAGAGGAAUAUUAUAUGGAGUCAUUAACUGAAGGCGGUCCAAAGAAAACCAUUACUGAUUGG